CCGCAAAGAAAAGUGAUAGUGUCAGGGAGGAAGAGAAAAAAGUGCUGAUCGUCGUCGUCGUCUGAGCUGAAGAAAAAAAAAGUCACGAAAAACGCAGUCUGGUUGCAGUAAUUUCUAUUUUUCACCACCUUUCUCCGGCUCGAUCCCGUCUGUUCCGGCCGUUCCGUGGGGCCCAGCUUCGUUCGCGUCGGCUUGCAGUUUCGGGGCCAAGUGAUUCCGUUCGAUUUGCUUGGCGUAAACAAAAAACGAGCUUUUCGAUUUCCGACUUCUUUUUUUUUACCUGGGAGGAGUCUGUGCGGAGAAAAGGACCCCACUUUUUCGUCGAUUUGCCUUGGGAACCUGCGCUAGGAGAAACCGAGCGCGGCGGAAUGUUGGCCCUCAUCAACCGGAUCCUGGACUGGUUCAAGAGCCUGUUCUGGAAGGAGGAGAUGGAAUUGACCCUGGUCGGGCUGCAGUACUCUGGGAAGACCACCUUUGUUAACGUUAUUGCCUCGGGCCAAUUCUGCGAGGACAUGAUCCCGACGGUGGGCUUCAACAUGCGCAAGGUGACGAAGGGCAACGUCACGAUCAAGGUGUGGGACAUCGGCGGCCAGCCGCGCUUCCGGUCGAUGUGGGAGCGGUACUGCCGCGGGGUGAACGCCAUCGUCUACAUGGUGGAUGCGGCCGAUUUGGACAAGAUGGAAGCGUCCCGGAACGAGCUGCACUCGCUGCUGGACAAGCCCCAGCUGGUCGGCAUUCCGGUGCUGGUGCUCGGCAACAAGCGGGACAUUUCCGGAGCGUUGGAUGAAACUGGACUGAUUGAGAGAAUGAACCUGUCCAGCAUACAGGACCGGGAGAUUUGCUGCUACAGCAUCUCGUGCAAGGAGAAGGACAACAUUGACAUCACGUUGCAGUGGCUGAUUGCUCACUCCAAGAGCCAAAGUCGUUAACUUUUUUUUGGAAACAAAACAAACAAUUGUAAAGAAGGGUGGGCAUACGUGCGACUGAUCGGACUGACAAGAGAGAGAAAAAAUAUCCCCAAAUCAUUCAAACCAACCAAGGAAUCCACCAGAAGAGCAAACCCUCACACACAAAAUAUCUCGGAAAGGCCGAUUCCGAAUCUCAGCGGGAAAGUGCGAUUCGCGUAGAUUUUAGCAGGCGAGCAAAUCGAACGAACUUUUAAGGCAGGAAAGAACAUGAGCAACAUAACUUUUGGGGAUCACACCGGAUGAAAGAAGAAGUGAGUGCGCGCGCAGAUUAAGCUAGGAGCGAAAAGAAGUUUGUUUUAAGUUUUACGUUCAUUUUAAUGCAUUAACAAAGUACACGAAUUUGAAUAUCAUGUGAAAGUGAAAUACAGAGUUAAACCCAAUCAAGAAACGCCAAAAACAAGCCCCAUCACAACAAAAGAAAAACCUUAAACAGAAGCCUCCACAAAUCGCGCGCGAAAACACUGGCAGAAAAAAAAUAGACGAAAAAGUCUGCUUUUAGUAAAAAAGAAAAAAACAAACAGUUUGUUAUAAAAGUGUGAAACAUGUGAGUGAGUGAGCGGUCGCGUUUGUUUUACGUUUUUUUGGUUUUAGGGACACAAUUGUGACACGAUUUCCGGGUUUUUUUUUCGUUGCAAUGUUGAUUUUUAACGCGGUUUUUUUUAUUUCGCACCGCGCGAGUGUAAUUGUGGAUUGUGCGAGCGAGUGAAUUGACCUUCAAUUGAUAGUAUAUAAAAUAUCCCAAAAAGAAAAACAAAACACAGUUAAAUCUUUCAACAAAACAACCGUAAUUAUAGCGUUACUGAUAUUUUCAAUGUUAAUCGCAGGUAAACAAGGAAAUCACACGAAACUAAUUCUUUAUUUUUUAUGAAAAUUUUAAUCAAAAGCUUUUUAUUCAUAUUUUUAUUUUGUGUACGUUUUUCCGAUCAUAUUUUACACUUUCCGGUUGUCAUUUUUAAGAGCAUCAUCAAAAGAAAACAUAAAAACACUUUUAUUUAAGUUAAGUUCCAACCCAAUAAAAUAAAUCGAUUGUGUAGGUUUCGCGAAGUGAUAUGUUGAAUAAUGAUAGAAAAGCAAACAAGAAAUAAUAAGUAAAGUAAACGAGCAAACCAUCUUCCGCUGGGCCAACACACACGUUAGUUGCCAUUUGUUGAAAAUUGAAAAAAAUAACGCUUUUCUCACUUGACCAUCAUCCCUUCUAAAAUCAACCGUAUUCUGUCGUAGUAGUUUGGCGUUUAGCACGUUCUCGGGUAGGAAAUUUAGAGAGAGAAAUUAGCAGCAGCAGCAGCAGGAAAAGUUCCGUUCCCGUUUUUACCUUUAUCAUACUGCAAGUAACCGUUAGCUUCUUGUUCCUUCUCAACAUUCUAACCCAUUUCAGAAUGCACACACUUCCUUUUCCCGCGCGAUGUUUCCGUUUAGUGUGUUACAGAGAAUAAAAAAAAAACAACCAAAAACACAACUACAAAAAAUUAAGACGAAUAAAUUAAUCGAUUAUGACAGCAGCAGCAGUAAGAAGUCAGAAGAAGAAAAACUAAAAACAAAAUUCUAGUUAGUAGAUGAAUAAUGAAACUAGAAGAAAUGGAAAGAAUAAAAAAAGUAAAACAAGUGGUAACUAAGAAUGAAUAUGAUUAAUAAUAAAUUGAUUAAUGAAACU